GAAUUUCAGAGUGACACCAGGCGAAUGUCAAUAAGCAAGGAUGGUUAUGUGUGCUGUGAGGCAGCAUCUCCUGUGGGGCAGCUGUGGAGCCUGGGCCAGGUUCCUGCAGAGACAGAGCAGGGGCUGUGUGUACUCCAGCGUCCAUGGCUUCCAGCAGGAGGAGAUCAGAGAGAAGCUGCAGGCCUUUCCUGGAGGCUCCAUUGAGCUGCUCACACAGGAGUCUGGCCUCGCUGUGCUAACCAUCAACUACCCCUCCCGCAUGAACGCCUUCUCCGGCAGUAUGAUGGUGGAUCUGGAGGAGAGGGUGAGCCAGCUGGAGGGCUGGACAGACGGUAAAGGCCUCAUAGUUCAGGGUGCCUCGGGAACCUUCUGCUCUGGAUCAGACCUCAACGCUGUCAGGGCCUUAUCCAACCCACAGGAUGGGAUGAAGAUGUGUAUGUUUAUGCAGAAUACUCUUACAAGACUACUCAGGCUGCCUAUGAUCUCUGUUGCUCUGGUGGAGGGGAGAGCUCUGGGAGGGGGUGCAGAACUCACCACUGCCUGCGAUUUCAGGUUAAUGGCACCUGGCAGUGUGAUCCAGUUUGUACAUAAACACAUGGGCUUGGUCCCCGGCUGGGGCGGUGCCGCUCGACUUGUCCGCAUUGUGGGAAGCCAGAAUGCACUGAAGCUGCUGGGAGGUGCUGUCAAAGUGGAUCCAGAACUGGCCUUGCAGAUUGGACUGGCAGAGGAAGUCCUGCAGGGGGAGGGGACGGGCACCCCCCUGCAGCGGGCUGAGAACUGGCUCAGUGUCUACACAAAGGGUCCUGCCCCAGUGAUCCAGGCUGUGAAGAAGGUGGUGCUGUCAGGGAGAGAGCUCCCCCUGUCUGAGGCUCUGAGGACAGAGAAGGACGUAUUUGGGACGGUGUGGGGGGGCCCAGCUAACAUGCAGGCUCUGGCCAGUAAGUCCAAACACAGAUGAGAGACCGUCAGCUGAGACAUUUGUGGAAAGCUCUUUACACAUCUGAAUUGUGUGGAAGAGAACUGUAACAGACUGACCUCAAUAAACGAUUUAGUUAUAAAAUGUGGACUCUGGAAAUGUAGAGGCACAGAAUAAAGGGUGAAACUUCA